AUGCGUGCCAUCGCGCUUUACAGCACCCUCUUUGUGCUGAUCGCCGGCGCCCUGGUCAUAGUCGCGAUACAUGGUGGCACCAACUAUGCGCGGGAAUUCGUAGACGGCUACGAGCAUAGCAUUGUCCGGCCGUCCAAGGAACAGCAAGAGCACGAGCCCGCGGCACACACGACAGGCUGGACUUUCAGCCACAGGACGCAGGGCCGCAACUAUGGUCUCACAGAAGAGCAGUGCAACGUUGCUUUCCCGCACUUGUACAGAGAAAUCGACAGGGCAGUGCAGCACAGAAAGGACAAAUGGGGCAACAUAACGCCGGACGAGCUCGAAACUGCAUGGAGGGGCGACGGCAUCGUGCGUGCUCAGAUACACGACAACCAGCUGUACAUCAUCGAUGCGCAUGGAGUUGUGGAUCACAAUCAUCGGCCGAGGACAGUCGCAACGUUACACUCGCUACAUCGUGCCAUCAGUGCAUUUCAGGGAAAGCUUCCAGACAUCGAAUUCACCUUCACCGUCCACGAUGCCGCUUUACCAGACUCGAACGGCAAUGAGACUACGUGGGCGUACACUCGAAGAGAGCAUCAGGAGAAGCUAUGGCUGAUGCCAGACUUUGGACUUUGGGGCUGGCCAGACGUUGGCUUGCGUUCGUUUGCUGAGCUGCAAGAGGUGCUCGAGCACGAGGAAGAUGAAUUCGUGGACAAGGAACCCAAGCUGGUCUGGCGCGGUUCCGUUGCGGUUGGGUCGAAGGAUGUCCGCCACGGCCUCGUCGACCACAGCAAAGGCAAAUCGUGGUCGGAUGUGCAGACUCUGGAUUGGGCAAACUCAACGAACAUUCAAGAACGACUGCUUAGUAUGCAGGACCAUUGCUCUUACAUGUUUGUGGCUCAAACGGAAGGCAACACCUACAGUGGAAGGCUGAAGUAUCUUUUGAACUGCCACUCGGUACUCUUCUCCCACGACCUAGAAUGGCUGGAACUCUACCAUCACCUGAUGAAAAAGUCAGGCCCAGACCAGAACUACAUCCGCGUCAAACGCGACUUUAGCGAUCUCGCCAGUACAAUGGACAGAUUCUCCCGCCCAGCCAACUAUCUCCAAGCGCAGAAGAUCGCAGACAACGCACGACGCACGUUCCGCGAACGAUACCUCACGCCCGCCGCCGAAGCAUGUUAUUGGCGGGCCAUGAUUCGAGGCUGGAGCGAGGUACAGGACUUUCAGCCAGAAUUCUGGGAGGAAGUGACAGAGUACGACAAGGUCAAGAAGAAGGAAGUUCAGAAGCGCAAGCCGCGAGGCGCGCCCUUUGAGUCUUAUGCUAUCAUGGAGGAAGUCGACUGGCAAUUGCCCGCAAAGGCACGGAAGAUGUGUAUUGACGAGUGA